AGUAAACUAACAUUUCCGGUGAUCGGCGACACGACAGCAGCGAGGAAUGAAAGUUUUGACCAGAAAUUGGCGAUUUCUGAGGUAAGUACAUCUUCUCGUCAGGACAUGCCAACAUUUUCUUCCUUUAGGUCUCUUUCCUGCAAAGUAACUCGUAAGAGAUUUCCCUGUAACAUGCAGUUGUUCACUCAUAUUUUGUUAUCCCACUUACAUUUAAGGCUCAAAUUUUAACAGCUGAUUUUAAGCUUGUAAGCUUACAUAUGUAAAAUACUAUGCUAGAGUAGAAUUAUAGUUUUUUUGGCAUCUCUUUGGUUUGAAAAAAUAAAUAAAUAAAAGCACCUGGAAGUAGUUACGUUGAAAAAUCGAAGAGAUCGCAGAAUAACCGGCCUGCUAAAUGUCUUAGGGCCUGUUUACAAGGAGAGAGGGUUACCCUUGUGCUUGGGUUACCCUAGCAAGCGGUUAAAGUUAGCCCUGGUUUACAAGCAGAUUUCACGGGUAGGGUUACCCUAUCACCCGGGUUAACUUUACAAGCUUUGCUGACGCGUUUCCUCAUGGGUGACAUUCUUUGUAACGGACCAAAAUUUGCAUUAAUCUUGGAGCUCUAUGGAAAACACGUUGGGAAAAAAAGAGAAAAUAUUAUCAUCGUAGACAGAAUAUAACUUUUUUUUCAGAUGUUUAUAAUUAAGCUCAGAAAUUGCAUAAUACCAUUCAAAUUGGCACGAUUACUGGUCACGCAUGACGGCGGAAAGUUGACCCGGGUAGGCAAGUUAUCCCUAGCUGAGCAUUCCCAAGGCAGGUAGAGUAACCCUCUUGCUAGGGUAACCCUAGCACUCAGGUAGGGUUACCCUGGGGCUAGGGUAACCCUACCUGCCUUGAAAAUACAUUGUGCGAAAAAAGAAGAAAUAUGCAAGUGCCAGGGUAACCCUCCCUCCUUGUAAAUAGGACCUUACUUGAAACACUGCUCCCGCAGUCCCACACUCCCGCAGUUGCUGAAAAGUGAUUAUAUGUGAGUAUACAACCAGGGGCAUAGCUACCUAUACGCAUGGUAUGCAUAAGCGUACCUGGAAAACUGUCAAGGGUAAAAAUAAUAUCAUAGAUAUUGGCUAUUAACAGCCCUGGUUGAUGACCAAUAGGGCUGUCUUGGUUGCUUAUUUUAAGUCAAGAGGGGUGCAUAAUUCAGGAAGGAAUUGUGAUCAGGGGAAGGAGCCAAAUUGUCUUAGCAAUCAGUGGUGAACUACUUUUUUAUUCACACUGAUUUAGUCUAGACAUCAUGCCAACUCUCUGACUUAUUAUAAACCAGUGUAUGUAAUAUUCUUUAUAGAUUUCUUCCACAAUUAGAAGGCUGGAAUAAAGAAUUACUGUGCAGAAAUUGCUUUUCUGACAAGGGCAGCGGACCACAUCAUCUUUGUUCUUCAAGUACUGCGGUAAUUAAAUAAAUUAUAAAACUAGAAAUACAAAUCUCGCAAUGACCCUCACGAAACUGUUUUUUAGUAGCACGACUCAAGUAAGCCCUGUCGCUAGGCAACUAUGGAUACCAAAGCAAUAGAAAAAAAGAGGUAUGAUAGAAGCAAAAUCGCAGCCUGCUUGCGAUGAUGUCAUGCUGCUGGGACGCAAUCGUGACUUUGUUGUCAGGCAGCUGCGGAUACCAAACCAACAGAAAGAAAGGUUUACGACCAAAGCCUAAUUGCACUCUGCUUACGAUCUUCACGCGUGCCGCAUGACAAAAUUAUAAAUUUGCUUUCACGAGGCACUUCACUCAGAAUAAAUUGCUUAGCAUCUAUAUCAUGGCCACCCACUAUACUAAAUAACGUCUUUCUAUAGCUGCUUAGAAAUCUUUCAUUGCACACAAUGUGAUAAAUUGUAUCACUUUGAAAGUUUAAAAUAUUUUGUAUUGUGUGAAUAAAAGUUAUAGACAAUUUAUUAUUGGAUGAGGUUUUUUUGAUAUCCAGAAUAAUCAUGGACGAGGUAAGCGUUAUCAGCUGAGCCAAAGGCCGAGGCUAAUAACCCUUGCCAAGACCUUGAUUUACUGGAUAUUGCAAGAACCGAAUCUAAUAAAUUAUACAUGUAAUUAUUAGAUGUGGUUUUUGUUAUUGUUUUAUUAUACAUUGUUUUGACGAAAAGAAUGACAAAGACACUGUUGCACGGAACUGAACUGACCUUGCUGUUGGAAAUCAUGCAUUGCGCGUGCAACCUACAGAUUAGUCAUAUUUUAUGUGCUAGUAGAUAACCAACUAAUCUGUCAGUUGCGCUGAUUUUCAAAAUUAGCUGUAGGCUGUUAGCCAAUGAGAAGACAGAUAGUGUGUACAAUGUAUACUAAUUAUAAUUCUUUUUUCUGUUACUCAGGUGCACAAUGUAGAAUCUCGUUGGGUUAAUCUUCUACUCAAAAUGGCUGAUCAUGAUGUACCCACCACUGAGGCUCUUCCAUCACAAAAUAGGAUGACUCAAAUCCGUGAAAUGUUGAGUACAGCAGUUAGAAUGAGGAGAACAGAUUCUUCUGGUGACCUUAUGCCAAAUGUAAGCAGCGCUUGCUGUUUUAGACAUAUUUUNGGGGGGGGGGGGGGGGGGGGGGGGGUGUAAAUUCCCAUAAAUUUUGUGUGUGCCGCCCAGGGUCUUAAACCCUGGCCCUAUUUAAGGAGGAGAAAAAACAAAAACUGAUACCCUAUUUAAAGCCCAAAACUGAAAAGUGAGACCCAAUUUAAGGGAAAAACAAAACUAAGAAUUUUAUGUAAAACACACAAAUCUUACUUAAUUUGCUUUCUUAAUACUCUAAGGUAAAGUUGCAUUUAGACAGAUGAAUUGUUUCUCGUUUAGCUGGGCAUUUAUUUAUAUAUGCCUGUAUAUAAUAGUGGUACCCUCUCUAAUGAUGGCACAGGGAACACAAUACCCUGGGUGCCAGAGACUUUUCUAGUGAGGUUUCCGGUUUCUGUCAAGUCUUUAUAGUGAUCCUUGCGGCCUCUGCCAUCACUUAAAAUUCCCGCUGCACAUGAGAAAAACCUCUGGUACCCAGGGUAGGAACACAACACCAACAAGGACAAAAGUGGUACCCUUUAUAAUGAUGCAUGGAAACCCCUUCCAGUACAAAAAAAUGGAGAACUUGAAGUUAUAUUCGGUCCUUUCCAAUUUCUAAUUUUCUUGCAGGCUGUUGCUAAGGAGGUUAGGCACUUUUACAGUGGCUUAAUCACAAAGGUAUUAAAACAUACAACUAGUGUCUCUUUAGUUGUAUCAUUUUAAUAAACUUAUAUUUGACACCAGCACAGCACAAUGUUCAUUUGAGACUGUGAGCCAUCCCUUUUUAGUCGAUCAAGUUGUGGCUCGGCAGUUGGAAAGCAAAAGAGCUGAGAGGAGAACUGGAGAGAUGCAGAAAGUAAAGGACUGCUCUCUUCUCUUCCCAACUGCCGCAUUAAAGUGAUGGGAAUGUAAAUCAUAGUGUGAGUUGUAGGGGUGUUAUUAUAAUUAUUUGGGCUCACUAUCUGUGUUCUCAUUGUCUAUAACAGCCUACAGUUAGUUUUGGAAAUCACGCCACCUUCAGAUUAGUUAUAUAUCUGCUAGCAGAUAACUGGCUAACCUGUGGGUUGUGCAUGCAAUGCAUGAUUUCCAAAAACAAUGUCGUGUCAGUUUCAUUCGAUGAUGUGUUGUCAUCAUUUUCUUCCAAACAAUUAAUAAUAAAAAAUUGUUAGAUUCUGUUUUUGUGAUAGAUAUCUGGAAUAAUCAAGGUCUCGAUAAGUGUUGUCAGGCUCGGCCUUUGGCUCUGCUGAUAACAAAUGCUGCUGCCAAUAAAUGAAUUGUUUAGAAUUAGCAGAUUUUGGUCUCACUUAGGGUGUUCAGGAUAGAGAGCUAAUACUUUUUAUCCAGUCAAUUGUAUGGCCGAAUUGUUUUCUUUAGGAGUUAAUUAAAUCCUGAGCCAAGUCAGAUUUGUUCUUUUUAAGGUUUUGACAGUCGUCCCCAUCUUUUAGUCCCUCUCCCUCCACCCUCCACCCUCCACUCCUUUGUCUGUUUCCCUCCUCCCUUGUUCGCCUGUAACAUGCCUGCUUGUGCAACAUUCUUGAGAAUCUACUAGCAAUCUAAAUGUUUAUUUUGAAACUUGCAUGUCAUGACAGGCUGAAAAACUGGCGUUUUUUCUUGUCCUCGAACGUGAUCUCGGAGUUGACCAUGAAGAAGUUAUGGAAACUGCGGCAAGCCUAUCAAAAGCUCAGGUCAGUGGCUAAAAGUGAUUUUAAUUUAUUCUCUAUUUGGGCUGACCAAUUUCGGAUAUUUCUUUUUCUUCGCAUGCAAUUACUUUCCUUCCUAAAUGAGUGACUGUUCCAGACAAGAACAUUGUAUGCAGUGGUUUGUGGGAGUGUAUACGGCAACGAGGAUUACUAGGAUUGCCCUAUUGUAGCCAGUGGCUUGAUUGUCUUGGAGAACUAAGAUUUUCUCCUUUGUCUCACGCCCCUGGGUAUUUACGAUUGUUUCUUCCUUCCCAAAGCAUUUAUUUUUGUAGCUCAUUUCGUUGAUAAGUUCUGUAGUAUGAGAAAAUAGCCGAAAUUUUGCGACGCCAACACUGGUUUCCUCUCGAAAUGACGUCUGAGAAACGAGCGCAGAACUUCCACUGAUGACCUGUUACUACCCGGAUCUGGGUAGUGCCUAUGAUUCGUCGUGCGGCGUAGGAAAUUUGUUUCAACCAAUCAGAAGCACUACCCAGAUCUGGGUAGUGACGCGUCAUCAGCAUGGAAUUUCUGCGCUCGUUUCUCAGACGUCAUUUCGCGGGAAAACCACUGGCGUCGUGAAAUGUCGGCUGUUUUCUCCGGCCAUAAGACUUUUUAUUUCAUUUUUUUUAUGGCGCAGAAAAAUGGCGUUCCAGCCAUGUUGAGAGCUGAAGACAAGCUGCGACAGGCGCUUGAGCCGGCUCAUAUCCAGUUGUUAUCACAGAUCAGCAAGCUGCAGGGAGGCGUCAAGGAUAUUGUGGACAUGAGAAAUGAUCUGCUGGUAAGAUAGAAGAGAGGGCGGAUAAAAAUGAGUAACAACUGAGUGCAAGUUGAUUGACCUUUGUGUUAACUCACCCAUUGUACACAUGAAUCCACUCCCCAAUGCCCACACGUCUACAUUUUCUCCACUUGGUGUUAGAAAAUUUUAACCGAAAAAAAAGCUGGUUUAGUGUUCGUUGUUCUAAAACGUGUUGUAUCAAGGGUUAGGGUUUUUGACGUCCUACCAAAGAACUUAUCAAAAAGUGUGCGAGCUAACCAAAGAUAUGGUUCAGAAUACUUGCGGUGUGUAAGUUGAACAUGUUUCAAGUUGUAGAACUAGCAUUAGGAAAAUAAAAAUAAGCCAAACCUUGAACAAUCAAUGUAAAAAUAAACUGACCAGUCGUCCUUAUUAAAGGAGUCGGCUACAUUUAUGCAUAGAAACACUGAUCACCAAAGCAACGUUCUCAGUUUCGUUGAGUCACAGACUUUGGUUACGACCGGCAGUUCGGCACCUUUUUGAACAGUAAAAUUCUGGUUGACUGUCAGAUGCAAAAGGUUAAAUGUGAAGUGUCUUUUAUUACCAAGGAAGGAUUGAACGAUGAGAAAGACCCUGUUGCCAGACAAGAGCUUCAGGCUUUAAGCACCUCCAUCAAGAAUCUACUUGCUCAAUGGUUUGCAGUUGGAUUGUUGGAUCUUAAACAAGUCACGUGGGAUUCACCUGGAAGCAUUCUUGAAAAGGUACAAGGCUGUGCUCUAAGUAUAAUUGAAGGGAGCCCAGUGCCCUGAACCUGUGAAAUCUGGGGUGCCCAGCAUAUGAUUUUUAUGAAAAAACUAAGAAAUUCUAGUCGUCAAGCCCAAAAGUUAAGUACCAGGGGACACCGGGCUCUGCUAGAGCAUAGCCCUGAGGUACUUACCCGAAAUCGAUCGUUGUCUUUGUUUUUCUUGUUGUUGUUGUUGUUAUUGUUUACGAAUUAACGUUGCAUAAUUAUGCUAAAACUCAGAACGCCGGAACCGCACAGAAAACCUGGCAAAAGAUAAAAUGAGCACAGCGUACUAAUCUGGGCUUAGAAGUAAAUAGUAAUUAAGGUGACUGCCAGUGUGAAUAGAAAUUUACUCUGGUGCAGUUGCGGGGAUAAUAUAGUGCAUCAAGGUGCCGUUGCUACUCAUUGUUGAUCACUUACUGAAGCAAUCAGUCAUACUGGGGCAUGCGCAGACUAAAUUGAAUAGACUGUUAUGUCCAGAAAUACUCGCUAAUGAGAUUCUUGCUCCUAAUGGAAGACAUCAAGAAGUGUCCCGUAACCUUAAUCCUCACCUGAACGCAAGCAAUUCUGUCAAAAAUGAAAUCAUAUGGAAAUUCAAAUAAUUGUGUUUAAUAUAAAGUACUUAUCACGGUAAGUGUUGUGUGUAUUUCUGAACAAAAGUGACUUGGGAAUAAUGCGUCAAGUGAUAUCGCUUCUAGUCAUUAGGGUAAGACGUAAUUGUAAUAGAGUGACACUGAUUAACGUAUUUUACCCGGUUCUGUAUGCCUUUUUUACGUGUGUUUCGAGUAAUUUGAUUGCCUGUAGUUGUGUUAAAACUACAACAACAAUAAGAUUGUUGUUAGUCUACUGACAGGGUUCUUUGUAAAAUUGUGUAUUUGAAAGCCUCUUCCUGAAAAUCGCAGAAUUACUGCAUAUCCCCAGAGAUAAGAACGAGUCUUUCACAAUCGCAAAAAUUAGUUCCCGCAAAAAAUCUCUAAUCCGCAAAAUUAUACUUCCGCAAAAAUUUUGUGGCACACUGUAACUUAUUUCUCUUACCGUGCAAGAAGAUUGGACGAGCGAAAAAAGCGUGCUACCUCCUCUCCCCAACCCUCAAGCGGCUUCUCGCACGUUUUUUCUCGAUCCAUACUCCCCUGGAACAGGCUAAAGGAAGGCUUUUCUCACAUGUCUUAGUACAUGCUCGUUUCUUUUAGAUUAUACGUUACGAGGCAGUACAUUCUAUGUACGGCUGGGAAGAUCUAAAGCGGCGGCUUGCUCCUGACAGGCGGUGUUAUAUCUACACGCAUCGCUCAAUGCCUGGGGAACCUGUGGUAGUCUUACAUACGGCCUUGGAAUAUGAAAUUUCUGAUAAUAUUCAGGUUUGUUUAAUAACAGUUUGAUUGAAACAUCAUCGCAGUUUAAAAUGAAUCACGGUCUAGAGGCGAUUUUUCUUACCUUCCCGGAAGAAAGGAAAAUGGUUAGAAUUUUCCGGAGUAUUGAAAAAUCGGAAUAAAAUUAUAGUGUUUAAUUACGAAGGAAAGUUAAAGUUUUGGUUUGAAUUAUCGAGAUUUAGUUCUUUGGCUCCCAAGCUGCUUAGUCCUAAGAAGACAUGUUGGACAAAAAUGCCGUCACUUUGGUCCGUAAACAAAGCGACAAAUCAAAAAGUACAGAACUUACGUGAAGUUUCCACGAGCCAAAAGAACACAUGCAUAAGAAGCUACAUGUACUCUAGGGCGCUCUCUCUUUUCUUGACUUCCUAAUUUAGUACAUCAAAGUAAACAUUUCACAGUGAUUCGUGGGUAAAGCGAAGUAGGAAAUAGGCAAGUCUGGAGAAUUUAUUGGUACCAUUGCUACUGCUCCCCGCUCUACAUAAUUAUACGAAGGCAGUGAUGGAGUUUAGUUGUUAUGAGAACUUUUUAUUUUUUAUUCAGAUUAUACUUAGUGAACCAGAGGUUGAUCGAGACGAGUAUGAAUAUGAACUGGAGAAGAGGACUACAGCUGUAUUUUAUUCCAUUACCUCGACGCAGAAAGGUGAUAUUGAGCGUGUUUUUGUAUAUGGACAUAAAAACUCGUCUUGAAAAUCAAUGAGAUAGUUCCGCAACUGACAGAAUCCUCUUGACUCUCUCUCUAACGGAAACCUCUAUUAGACGGACACCUAGAGUUGGUCCCUGUCUUUCUUUACUCCGUUUAUUUGACUCUCUAUACGACGGCCAUCUCUCUGAGAUGGACACUUAAUGCCAAUCCCAAAGGUGUCCGUUUUAGAGCGAGUUGGCUGAAUGCUAGACUUGAAAAUCAAGAACAUAGUUCAACUUACAGAAUCCUCUUCUACUCUCUCUUACUGGACACCUCUAUAAGACGGACACCUCUGUAAAACGGACACCUCUAUAAGACGGACACCUCUGUAAGACGGACAGCUCUGUAAGACGGAUUCCUCUGUAAGAUGGACACCUCUAUAAGACGGACACCUCUGUAAAACGGACACCUCUGCAAAAUGGACACCUCUGUAAGACGGACACCUAUGUAAAACGGACACCUCUGUAAGACGGGCACCUCUGUAAAACGGACACCUAAAGUUGGUCCCUGCCUUUCUUUCUCCUGUUAUUUGCCUUCCCACAGGUGUCCGUCUUAGAGCGAAUUGACUGUAUGCUAGUCAUGAAAAUCAAGGAGUUAGUUUAGUUGACAGAAUCCUCAGUUUCUACCCCAAAAUGUGUUUACGGAGACUGUCUCUUCUGCACAAGGUCUAAUCCGUAAGUCCCAAAAAUGACUAACAUCAAUUUUCUCUUAACAGCAUCAAUACAUAUUGAAGAGAAAAGGUUAUGAGAAUGAAAUUAUAACUUAAGGGAAAAUGCUCUGAUCUGUUAUCAAAUUCUCUCAACUAAUUAUAGUCAGUGUGUGGAGAUAUGUCAUGAGUAUGUGGGUAUUGGGGGUGAAUAGGUUCGGUGAAGCCUCUUCGGCAUUCUUUCAAAUGGAUUCGUAAACGUAUAUCAUCGAUCCUUUUAGAGUGGUUUUCGUUUGAGUGUCGUAAAACCAAAACCAAAGUAAAUACUCUGGCCAAUCACAUAGGACACAGACAAUACAUUGAACCAAUCAAAACUCGAAGUAAUUACAUGUGGCUGACGCAAAGCGCGGGAAAAUGCAUGCGAGCGCGUCACAAUUGGCUUUGGUUUUACUUCUGAUUGGAUGAAAAGGUGGCGCGAAUCUUUUAAGCCAAUCGCAUCGUGUAGAAAGUGCAAAACCAAUUACUUUUCGACACUCAAAUGAAAACCGCUCUAAAAGCUGAAUGAGGCUUUGUUCACACUAUAUCGAAGCUUUUGCACCGGCACGGAAACCAUACUGGGUAUGAUUUCUGUUCACACGCAAGAACAGUAAUUUCGGCGCGAUUUCUGUAACCGAGCGAAGCUGCGCUGCGCCAAUCUUUAAAGUGAAGAGUCAGAUAUUGGAUAGAUGUUCAUACUCAUUAUCCGGUACAGUGUUAAAAUAGCCUAAGACAAUACUCUUGGGUUCGAAACGAUAAAAUCGUAGCAGGCGCGGAUCCACACCGGUUUUCAUCGUUUUACGGAAAUCGGUCACAUUUUUCAUAUUAAAUAUAUUUUUAAUAAUAAAAAUGCUUUCCAGUUGAAAUCUGGCCAGUAUCCCGUCUGAAUGACUCGGAAACCCAGGAAAGGGACUUUAAGGAGUAAAAAUCAAAACAUUUCUUGGGGGAGCCCGCCUUGGACCCCACUAGAAGCUUGCGCCUUCUGCGCUCGUUUAGCAAAUAAGUCAGUAUUUAUCCUAGAUCCGCACCUGCGUAGUAAGGUUGUUGUUGUUAUUGUUUUCCUGCAGGACUUAGUGGUGUAGAUCUUGGUAAUUUUCUAAUAAAACACGUGGUAGAGCAGUUACAGCACGAGUUUCCAAACAUCACGCAGUACUCAACACUGUCUCCGAUUCCUGGGUUUAGACAGUGGCUUAAAUUACAGAUAAGCCACGCUCUAGACCAGCAAGGUAGGACCCUGUAUAAAUAUUCAUAUUUACUGACCUCAGAACAACGGCUCCUGAUGGAAUACGCGGUGGCCGAGUUUAUGGCUAGUGCUUUGAACUCCGUAUUAAGAUGUCCGGCUUCGCUCCCCGCUGGGGUUAUCAGGUAGCUUAAACAACAACAACGGCAACGAAAACGGGAAAAAAAGCAACAGGUUUAAAUUGGCAAAACGACAACGCUGAACGUACAUCACGCUUUUUUGCACAUUUCUUUGCCGUCGUUGUUCGAUUAGGACGUAAAACUGCAUCCUUUCACAUUUCGUUGAGGACUUGAACACACAAGGCAACGAUUUUCUAAAUUAUUUUUUGAUUAAGAUACAGUCCUUUAGAAUUCAAGCCCAGAAAAAUCUCGCCAACAUUUGACAAAUUGAAAGACAUGGAUCUUGAGCGAUGAAUUUUGAAACAUGGUAUAUUCAGUUGUUAAGAGACGUCUUCGUCGUCCUCGUUGCUUCAAGAGGAAGCUUCCUGUUAUGUUGUGUUCUUGCACAAGACACCAUUAUGGUGCCUCACUUCACCCAUUGACCCUUUUAAUUAGUAGGAGUGACUAACAUCAAUUUUUUUCUUACAAUAUCCUUACAUAAUCAAGAGAAAAGGUUAGGAAAACUACAGGAAAAUGCUCUGAUCAAAUAUUAAAUUCUUUCAGGAAAUGUAUGGAGAUCUUGGAGCCAUUGUUGCAAAUUACGCGAGGCACCCAAACAAACUCUAGGGAACUUAAGCAAGGACGUUUUGAGCGACGCACGUCAACCGGAAGUGGCCGUUUUGCAUUACUAAGCAGCAAUUUUUCACUAUUUUCUGGUAAUUCGUCUCAGUAAGAGUAAAGAUACUUAGCAAUACAUAUUUGGUAGCGUCAAGGUAUAUUAAAAGAGAAAAAGGCUCACUUCCGGUUGACGUGCGUUGCUCAAAAACGUCGUUGCUUAAGCUCCCGUAUGUCAUCAUUUGGACCGGUCAGGCCGCGAACUCAGCCGUGAACCAUUUUUGCGAGCAGUUUGCGUCUUAUGUAAGCCGUACUCGUAUAAACGGUCCCUUUCGUGUCUUAUGUAAGCCGCGGCUCUUUUUUCUCUCGUACAAACGACCCUAAUGAAACGAGGUCGAGGCUGGGUGGACAAUUUUUUACACAGCACUGUAUGUUGUCAACCCAAGCCUGGAAUUGGUGCCUUUGUUCACGGAAAUGCAGGAUCCACCUAUUGAACUGGCUGUUUGUCGCCUAAUAAACUUUUCACCAUAGGACCAGCUUCAUAGUUUUCAUCUUUCUUGAAUGAAAGAUUUCUUCAUUUUCUUGACAGAAAAUGAUCUUCCCCAAACUCUUCUUUUGGAAGAUGAACAAAAACAGAUUCUUGAAGCUCGUCAAAAUACGGACAUGUCUUCGCUUGUAGUGUUUAAGGUGGGUAUACAUGUGGCAUCCUUUGCUGUGUUUUUCCUGCUGAUAACUUAUUUAUUUAUUUAUUCCUCCAACUCCUAGCUGCGUGAUACAUAGUUAUGUAAAUAUAACUGAGAAAAAUAAUAAUAGUAACAGAUAAAGAUUUACAAAGGAAAAAAGACGCGUAAAAUAGAAAUUACAACACUUAAAUUGAAUUACAUUGUAUAUUGGAAGGAGAGGAGAGGGGCACAUCUAGAUAAACUAAUAUUGUGCCCCUUAAAGUUAUGUAUAACAAAGGACUUAAGAUUAUUAAUAAAAAAGUAAACCAAAAAUGACAAAUAGCUCAGAAAGUUAUAAAAGGGAUAUUGAUUCAUUAGUAUUGAGCCAGGUAUUAGCGUAAAAGUGCUUUUUUAAACAUUUUUUUAGAUGGUUUGUCUCUAAUGCAUUGCAGAAUAACCUUCCAAAAGAAACUUCCAAUAAUGCUGGGGCAAAAUCUCCUAAGAUUAGUUCGAAAUAAAGGUAUUGCAACUUGAUUGGAUGAUUUACUGCGGGUACUGUAAUUAUGUAGUUCAGAUACUAAUGAAACAGGUAUAUUAGGAAACUUUUCAUUGUGGAAAUAAUCAUAAAAAAGCAUACAUGUGUUCAGUUUAACAAUAUCAGGAAAUUUCAGAAGGCCUAAGGAUGUGUAGUGUGGAGUUAUUGAUUCCAUUAAAAGAACAUCAUUUAUAACACGAACCGCUUUGUUUUGUAACUUUACGAUUUGAGACAAUGGACUUAGUUGUUCCAUGUUAUCAAAAUAAGGGGCAUGAUGCCCAUUAUUUAGGUAGACUUUGACCAUUGCCUCAAUCUUUGCGCUAAAAAUCGAUGAAGUCGCCAUCUUGGAUUAUGAGACAUAAUAGGGAGCUUUAGCAUCGACGACGGCAACGGUAGCGAAACAAAGUCCCGUUUUUUCAAUCGUUGUCGCGUUUAUUCCAAUUUGCAGAAAAUGGUAAGUGCAGGCGAAUUUCCCUGGAGUUGAUUUCUUGAGGACCGCACUCAAGUUUAGAGAGAGGAAAAGAGAUUCGUCGUCGCUUGUUUACGUCCUCCAUAAAACUUGCAAUUUGGCAUUUUCACGUCGUAGUCGUGCAAGGACGGUAAAGAAAUGUACAAAAAAGGGUGAUGCACGUGCAAAGUUGUUGUUUUGCGUAAUAAACCUAUUGCUUUUUUGACGUCCUGGUUCCCGUCGCCGUCGUCGUUGCUUAAGCUCCCUAUUGCUCUGGGUACGGUGAGGUGAUGAUGAGAAUCCUUAGGGAUUGUGUGGGUGUCGCGUUCUUCGCAUAAUCCAAGAUGGUGACUACAUGCUCAAAAGUAACGGCUCAACGGUUCUCAGCCAAAACCUAGAAAUACUGCUAAAAGUCUAUCAUUUGCAAAUAGCCUUGUUCGACAGACUUGCAGCAGGUUAAUCAUAAAAAUAUCUUUCUUCCUUCUGUAGGAGAUCUUGGAGACCAGUGAUUGGCAUCGCGACCCAGCCAUAUCUAACUGCUUGAAGUCCCCUCUGCUGCGCUUGUGUGCCAGGUACCUGAUGGGCUGCGAUUCAAAUUAUUAAAGCAACUGCUUCUCAAAAUCCUUGAAACUGAAGAUGAGUUUAUUGUCAAUACCAUCAAAACAAUUUGAAAUCAAAGAAGACCUCGAGAGAACGGUUCAGUUUUAUUUAAAAUUACUCUGCCAUGACACUGUAAAUCAGAAAAAUCUGUUUUAGCCUAAAAGUGGGGCCGUUUCGGUGGGUAAAAUUCAGUCCUAUUUUUGAGUCUGGUUCGGCUCCGUUAAAUCAGGGCUAAUACGGUCCAAUUACCUAGGGCUAAUGUGGACCCGAGGGGCUGAAAUGGGUCCCAGUGUAGGCUGGAGUAGCCUUUUGAUGGGGCUGUUAUGGCUUAAUUUGUGUUCAAAUGGAUUCGGAGGGGCUGAAUCAGACUUUGGCCAGCCGGGCUGAAUUGGCACUUUCUAAUUUUCAGUGUUGCACUUAGCGUCCCACGCAGGCGUUUUUAGGGGAGGGAUGAAAAACGAACUCCCCAAAAAACGUUUGCGUGGGAGGCUGUGUUGCACUAUACCUCAACUAUAAAUGCUAUAAAUGCAUGUCACGGCUUUGGCUUUUGAUUGCCAGUAUGGAAACGGAUCACAACUUGUAAAACUUGGGUAACUUUUUAAAUUUAAAGCCCUUUGCUUUAGAGAAAUGGCGAUAAAUCAAUUAUGCUUUGUUUUCGCUUUCUGUUAGAACUAUUUCGUAUCAUUCAUUUAGAGUUCCGAGUACGAUUUAAGCUCGGCUUUGACGCCAAAAAAUCAUAACAUGCCCCCUUUAAACUGAUGGAUUGAUUAAUUGGGAGAGGCGGAGGCUGAUACAAAUUCCACCCUCCUUUCAGUAUGACCAAUCGGAAGUAACAACAAACUUCGCUCACGUUUCAAGACGCGUGCGUUCGUUUCAAGCUGAUUUCUAAAUUUGUCUAGCAUUUUGUGAAGACACAGAAUAAUUUAAAAAGUGUUAUUUCAAGUGUUGUGUUAAAGUUUUGAAGUCCUUUGUGACUGAGCAGGGCAAUUAAUUACUUUGGCAUGUUUUUAGAUUUGACACCGAGUUGAAGACUGAUUUAUGACUAAAACUUAUUGUGAACCGUUUCAGGUAUCUGUACAAAGAAAAGAGAAGAGGAUUUGUCAUGGAUCCUGUUGGUAAGACUGUUCUCUUAAACUGAGCACUAGGAGUAUGUAACACAUGAAUAUGCUGCAAUUUGUGAAUUAGGUCUUCUAUGAAAGGGAACCUAGAUAGUUGUGGUUACAUUGGACACUUUUACCUUGGGAUAUUGGUGUGGUGCAUGUGACCGGAAUUUCCUGAGAUAAAUUUCCCGAUGGAAAUAUCUAUGGCUACGUCGAAAAGAAGAAAGAAAGCGCCCAUGAUAUUUGACGUGUUAAAUAGCUAGGGGGUGCCGAUACCCAGGGCAAGAAAACCACACUGUAAAUCAGAAAGAUCUGUUUUAGCCCCCAAAAUAGGGCCGUUUCGGUGCGUAAAAUAGAGUCCCAUUUUUGAGUCUAAUUUGGUUUCCUUAAAUUAGGGCUAAUAGCGGAGCUCUCGGGCGCGAAGCGCGCGCAGCGGAGCACCAUGGGUAAGAAAAUGUGGUAAUCUACCCAUCCAAGAAAAUUUGUUAAUCACGUGACCGUACGCCCGACCGUCCGUCCGCACCACAGGCAUACGAAUGUGAAAUAACUCAAUCAACAGGUAUCGUAACCCAAAUGCAACUCGAGGUUAUUUUGGUGGGAAAUUGCAUAGCCACCCGCGUCUGUAAAGCAGAGGCAAACGAGGAAAAGGGCAACAGAGAUUUAGAGCGAGAGAUAAAAAACAAAGGAGACAUUUUUGGAGGAAGAACAACAUGAAAAUUUUGUAGCGGCGGUGACAAAAAGAGAAAUGCUAGCGGCCGCCAAUGCAAGGAGAAAAUGAGCGGCAGUGAAAAAAAAAGUGAACGAGAACACGUACGACAUUUCCUCCAUAAAAAAGUUUCUGGAAGUUUGACGUUGUGGUCGUGCAAAACUACGGCAAAGAAAUGUACAAAAAAAGUGUGCUGCACGUGCAAAGUUGCUUUUUUACUAAUUAGACCUAUUGUUGUUUUUUCACCGUUCUCCGGCGUUGCUUUCGCCGCUUAGCAUUACACGAUUUUAUAUUUUGUUUGAACAAACUAUAAAUAUUAUCGAGAGCUUCGCUUUUAGCCCUGGCUAAAUCUAUAUUACAGUCUAAUUAGCUAGGGCUGAUUUGGUCCCAGGGCUGAAAUGGGCCCUAGCGUGGGCUGGAAUAGCCUUUUGAUUGAGCUUUUUUGGCCUGAAUUGUGCUCAAAUGACUCCAGGAAGGGUUGAAUCAGACUUUGGCCUGCAGGGCUGAAUUGACACUUUGGGGCUGAAACAGGUCUUUUUAAUUUUUAGUGCAAUUUAGCAUUCUUUAUUAGACACCAACAUGAAACCGCAAUAAAAAUUGUUUAUUUUAGCGGGUUCCUUGCGAGCUGUUUCAGGAAAGGUCGAUGUUCACGUGGCAGAUUUUCACGUUAAGAUGAAAGCAACCGGGCAAUAUUAUUAAGGUUUUAAGGCAAGAUUUCAGCUGGUUUCUUGGUUCAGAUGUAAGAAACAGCUGUUAGAAAGAUAUUUACCAAAAUAUGUUCGUAUCCUGACAACUGCAAACUGGAAUCUAAGGCCUAGAUUAAAAAAAAUGGUAUAUACCCUUGCUGAUUUUUAUCAGGACUAAGAUAGCAAAUGAAAUUCUUGCUUCAAUUAUACGUAAAAAUGAAUUUAUUACCGCGAAAACGCGAUUGAAGCGUAAGACUGGCUAAUUUUUCUUGUUGAGUAAUUCAUGUGUAACCACAUCUUACCACGUUAAAUUUACCAUGGAUGUCUUACCGUUGGAAAUGCCUUUUACCGUGGUAUGUGUAACCGCACCUAUCUAGGGGUACUUACCACUAGCUGAUAGCUUACUCAAUCUUCUUUCGCAUUUCGUAGUCAGGAAAGCAGGCUGUCUUCUGUAUAAACGGGUCAAGGGUUGCAUGGGUUGCUCUGUGUACAUGUCUCAUGAGUAAGGAAUUUUCUGUCCUGUUUUUUGGCUGUUGGUAAAAGUGACUGUAGCUUGCUUUUCAAUUUUUUACUUUUUAAAGUCCAAGGCUUAUGGAAAUUUCGGCGCAGUGAAAAUCAUUUCUGAUUAGAUGCAUGUUUCUUUCCCCGAUAUUGUUAGAGAUGAUUUAGAAAUAUUGUUAGGUUUGAUGGUCUCUUUAGGCCUCUCACGCAGCUGUUAGUUCAAGAGAGGAUACAGGCUUGACUGGUGCGCUUUAUUGGAGCUUUGGCCGUCAGGCAUCAUUCAAAAGCCCGAAUAAACAAACCAUCAAUAUGAUGAUAAUAUUUUCUCAAAACAAUGCCUUUUGUUGAGAAAAGAAUUCCUGCACAAAUGAUCUCACAUGUGUUAUUUUUGCUUAAUUGGUCUUCCUUUUUUUUUGUCAGGAAAUUUUCACAUCAGGAACGGUGCGUGCAUGUGGAGACUGAAUUGGUUUGCGGAUUUAAGCGCUAGAGGAUUCCAGAAUUCCUUUGGACUUAUGGUGAACUAUAGAUACGUUUUAGAAGAAGUGGACAAGAACAACCAACAAUACUUACUUAACGGAACAGUGGCUGCCUCACCUCAGUUUCUAGAGCUACUAUAGUAACCUUACAGGGUGCGCUUCAGGUUGCGUGAUCGUGUGCGUUACUUCGUUGCUUGAUCGUGAUCGUGAACUCGUGUAACUUACUCAAAAAAACUACAGUUUCUAGAACUACUGUCGGUAGUAACCUUAACAGGUGUGUUUCAGGUUGCCUGAUCUUAUGGGUUACUUGGUUGCGUGAUCGUAACUGCCUGUUCGUGUAAAUUUCCUGGCUAUACGUCUUCAUGUGCUUUACAUGACUGCGUGGGGAAAAAGCUCGGUGGUCUUAAGGGAGUGUAAAAACGUCUUUGUGUCUUUUUAUGACGGAGAUCCUGUCGAGAUAGGCGAUAAAAUCGAGAGCAGAGAUAACAAUUUGACAAUGGUUCUCAUAAAUGGCUCACAAACUUAUCGUUAGGCUAAUUUUAAUAACCUAAAGCAAUAAUUUAUCUUUUCGAAAUGUUUAACCUGCAGGGACUGAAAAACAGUUAUUUAUUUAAUUUUUCUGUCUUUACUACUAUUAAAGACA